GAGAGCUGUGAUUGGUCACAGCUUGCCACAUGGUAUAAGGCUGUUGUGAAUAGCCUUGUACCAUCUGACCUCUGUGAUAAUUCAUAGAUUUCACUAGUAGUAAGCAAUGAUGUCAGGAAGUGACAUCUUGCUUACUACUAUUCAUGUGAUCACUGAUUGGCCAAUCAGUGAUCACAUGAUCGGGGCCUCACACAGAGGUCCCCCCAGCACUCCACAGACAGUGGUGACUGAUAGCUGAGUUCUCACCCUUAGGCUGGGGCCAUACAUUAUACAAUUUUCUUGAGAUUUUUGCUUUAGAUUUACCAAAAACCAUUUAAUAGGAG